AUGGCCAAUAAAGGGAAUAAACGCAAGGCAACCUCUGAAUUAUCACCAGCGUUACGUAAACGAAUAAGAUACAUAGUUUUUACCACUGGUAUUUGGUAUUGUUUUGAAUUUGCGAUCAGGGUCCUCGUAAAUAUAACUGGAGCAGCUAUCUUUCUAGCUAUGAAACCGACUGUCGCCCGUCGGCGUGCUGAGAGAAUACUAAGGGAAGAAGAGGAGAAUAAUAGUAACAAAGACAGUGCUAUAGUCCUUAACCAUGACGAACAAGAAAUACCAGCGCUAUCGGAUCCUUUAACACAACAGCAGCAGCCACAAUCGAUCAUGGCACGAUUAGCUGCUUAUUUUAAAUUCUGA